AUGGGGCUUUGGUCCAAAACAAAGGCUGUCAAGGAAUUGAAUUUUGGGGAUCCUCAACCCUCAAUCUCUCACAACCAAACAUCCACUUAUAGGCAAAGUCCAAAAGCCUUCUUCACAAGCACCCGCUACACGCCAGCCAAUACAAACAUCUCCUUUGGAUUUAAAGAACUCUGCCUGGAAUCAUGGGAGUUGACUCUGGCAAAGCAUUAUCCCAGAGCACUUCUCUCUGCAACAGAUUCAGAUAAUCUUGGGUGGUUUGGCAAGAAAAUGUGGGCCUUUUUGGAUAAAAUAAGAGAAGAGGAAGAGAUUUUCCGAGUGGCUUUUGAGAACGAACUAAAAUUGGAUUUAGAGAGACAAGGGGUGUUAGAGAAAAGUGUUGCUUCGUCAAUAGUGCUUGCUUACCUCAUGGUGGCUUUUGUGAGAUGGAGUAUACUUUUUGUUUUUGGAUUGGAGGAAACAAAGUGUGUUGGAUCUGUUCGGUCACAUGUUGACAUGUAG